UUAGGGUUAUUCGAUUUAGGGAUUUGGGGGCUAGUCGAUAAAUUGAGGAGGAAAAAGGGUUUUCAUGGCUACUCGAUUCGUGGUCAAAUCCAUCGAGGUUGAUAAUGGAGGAUCUCUCUGAGCUAGAGAUUAGGAAUUUCGUCAAGUCCUUCCACAAGUUCGUCGACUUGAAGAGGGAGCUCUUCCAUAGCCAUAUUGAUGAGCUCCAGAAAAUCAUCGUCAAUCAAUGUAAACUCACCGGCACCAAUCCUCUCUCGCAAGAGAUGGCAGCUGGUGCCUUUUCUAUUAAUAUUGGAUCUUGCUGAUAUCGAUGUAUUUCAAGAAACCAAAAAGGUUAUUGAAGCUUUCCAGAAUAAGGAGGUAGGCCCUGCCCUAGCCUGGUGUGCCGAGAACAAGUCAAGGUUAAAGAAAUCCAAAGUAUGCAUUCUCUUUUUCUUUUGUGUACGUUGGUGGGGAGACCUUGCUAUAAUUGGGGUGGUUAGAUGAGUUUUUUUGUACAAUUAGUUGUUGUAUUGCUUGUUCUUGAAUUACAAAAUGAAUAUGCUAUAUAAGCUAAAUCUGGCAAUUCUUUCAUGGCAUCUCUCCUGCUGCUUGGCUCAUCUUAAAUUUGACUUACUAUUAUUCUCAGAUUAUGGGGUACAUGUUUUAGUUUUAGUUACACAUAUCUCUUGCAC